UACCAGGCGAGCGCGCUACCGCUUGAGCUACAUCCCCAGCCCCUAUCUUAUUUUUUUGAUGAAAUAUCAUAAGUUCAAUAAUUUUAUGUAAAAGUCAGAGAUACACUUAUUUUCCCCCAAGUCACGAAUUUCCAAUCAGCAUGUUGAGCAAUGUUUUGGAUAAAAUGCUUUAUUUUUUUCUUAAUCCUAGCUGCACAUGGGUACCACCAUAGGUUGUGUGCUUGUGUGUUUGUUUUCUUUCUUUUUUUUAAUGCCUAUUCUGUUAUCUCAGACUUGCUGAACUAGAUUGUCAUGAUUAGAGGUUUGGGAAGGAGAACAAGAGUAAAUAAUAGUUUGUUUUUAUCCUUAUCAGGGGACCUUUGUACAAUCAGAAGGGAUUAUAACUUAUCUAGUUUAUUGGUUCAGCAGUUCGUGUCAAUAGGACACAUUCUGAUUAACUUGGAGCAGUAUAAAAGCUUUACAUUGACUGCAAGCUCAAAGCUGUCAAAGUAAAAGAAGGCAGCAUCAAUGGAUCUUGUUGUGGUUCUGGUGCUCAGUCUCUCUUGUAUUCUUCUCCUCUCACUAUGGAGACAGAGAUCUGGAAGAGGGAGACUCCCACCAGGACCCAUGCCUCUCCCAAUUCUUGGGAAUAUCCUACAGAUAGAUGCUAAAAACAUCAGUGAAUCUUUAACCAAUUUGUCAAAAGCCUAUGGCCCUGUGUUCACUGUGUAUUUGGGUAUGAGGCCCAUUGUGGUCUUGCAUGGCUAUGAAGCUGUGAAGGAAGCCCUGAUUGAUCAUGGGGAAGUAUUUUCUGGAAGAGGCAGUUUCCCUGUGGGUGAUAGAGCUUCUAAAGGACUUGCCUCACCCUGUGAUCCUACCUUUCUCCUGGGCUGUGCUCCCUGCAAUGUGAUAUGCUCCAUUGUCUUCCAUAAUCGUUUUGAUUAUAAAGAUAAGGAUUUUCUAAACUUAAUGAGGAAAAUAAAUGAAAAUGUGCAGAUUCUGAGCUCCCCAUGGAUCCAGGUCUGCAACAAUUUUCCUGCUCUCAUUGAUUAUUUCCCAGGGAGUCAUAAAACAUUUCUCAAGAAUUCUUCUGAUGUAAAACAGCAUUUUUUGAAGAAAAUAAAGGAACACCAAGAAUCCCUAGAUAUGAACAAUCCUCGGGACUUAAUCGACUGCUUCCUGAUUAAAAUGGAAGAGGUACAAUGUGAACAACAGCUCAUUUAUUACUUCAUUGUCUACCUGGAAAUAUCAAUGCUCUUCUUUGAACAAGGAUCUCUUCUCAUACCAUUUGGACUCAGUAAAUUCCAAAAUUUCCUCCAGCUCCAUGACUCUACAACUUGGUUUAUAUGUGUCUGUUCAUUGCAGGGCACAACCAUAAUAACAUCAUUGACAUCUGUGCUGCAUGACAGCAAAGAAUUCCUCAACCCAAAGAAGUUUGACCCUGGCCAUUUCCUGGAUGAGAGUGGCAAAUUCAAGAAGAGUGACUACUUCAUGCCUUUCUCAACAGGUUCUGAUACUCCAUGCCUGGCUACCAUCGUGGGUGCCUUCUUUGGUCAAGUCUAUCAAGUUUCAAGUUAG